AUGAUUUUUCUUCUUCUUCUCCUUUCCCGCCUUUAUUACUACCCCCUCUUCUUUUCUCCAAUCAUCACUCCCCAACUUGAGCUUCCUCGCCCCUUCUUCUUUUUUGUUGAUUUCCUACUCCCGUUUCUUCUAAAGUUACCCUUUCUUCUUUCUUUUUCUUUAUUUCUCCCUCUUUUUCUUUCGCCUUUUUUCCUCUUUUUUCUUUCUUUUUCUCAUUUCCAUCCCUAUUGCGACUUUUCAUCACCUCUUCUCUCUAUCACUCUUUUUUAUUUUCUCUUUUUCUUCUUUCUCCUCUUUCUUUUUCUUCUUUCUCUUCUUGAUUCUUUUUCUUUUCUUUUUCUUCUGUCUUUUGCUUUUUUUCUUCUUUCUUUUCUUCUUUUUCUUCUUUCUUCACAUUCUUGUCUUCUUUUUACUCUUUCUUAUCUUUCUUUACUUUUUCUUGUCUUAUUUUCUCGUUACUUCUAUUUCUUUUCUUAUCUUUUUCUUUCUUUUUCUCUUUCUUUUCUUCUCUUUCAUGUCUUCUCUUUCUUCUUUCUUUCUUUCUUUUUCUUUUUCCUUUUUUUGCCUCCUAUUUCUUCUUGCAUAUCUUUAUUUUCUUCUUUUUUGUCUUCUUCUUAUUCCUAA